AUGGCAACAAGCACCCCUAUAACAUCAACCGAAGAUAUGGCAACAAGCACCCCAAUAACUACAACCGAAGCGAUGGCAUCAAGCACCCCUAUAACUAUAACAGAAGUUAUGACAACAAGCACCACAAUAACUACAACAGAAGCUAUGCACCCCUAUAACAUUAACAGGAGUUAUGGCAACAAGCACCUCUCUAACUACAACAAAAGCUAUGGCAACAAGCACCACUAUAACUACAACAGAAGCCAUGGCAAGAAGCACCCCUAUAACAUCAACCGAAGAUAUGGCAACAAACACCCCUAUAACUACAACCGAAGCGAUGGCAACAAGCACCCUUAUAACUAUAAUAGAAGCUAUGAAGCUAUGGCAACAAACACUCCUAUAACGACAACAGAAGCUAUGGCAACAACCACCCUUUUAACUACAACAGAAGCUUUGGCAACAAGCACCCCUAUAGCUACAACAGAAUAUAUGGCAACAAGCACCACUAUUACAUCAACAGAAGCUAUGGAAACAAGCACCCCUAUAACUACAACAGAAGCUAUGGCAACGAGCACCCUUAUAACUACAACAGAUGGAACACCCACGGACGCGGCAACUGGAACUCCCAUGGCCACGGCAACUGGAGCACCCAUGGCCACGGCAACAGGAACACCCAUGGCCACGGUAACAGGCCCAUCUCCAGCCUCAGGUGCUUCGACAUCAGGAACCUCGGUCACAGGGAAGGAACAGGCUAUGGCAACAAACACCCCUAUAACGACAACAGAAGCUAUGGCAACAACCACCACUUUAACUACAACAGAAGCUAUGCACCCCUAUAACAUCAACCGAAGCUAUGGCGACAAGGACCCCUAUACCUACAACCGAAGCUAUGGAAACAAGCACCCCUAUAACUACAACCGAAGCUAUGGAAACAACAGCUGUGGCAACAAGUACCCCUAUAACUACAACAGAAGCUAUGGCAACAAGAACCCCUAUAAUUACAACAGAAGCCAUGGCAACAAACAUCCUUAUAACUACAAGAGAAGCUAG